GGAGAAUAAGCAGUUAUUUAUUUAUUUGUUCGGGAGAGAGGCUGCUGUUGCUGCUCUGAAGAUCUCGGCGCUACCCGAAGGCCUUGUGUCGCCAUAGCCGGGUUCUUCGCGAGCUAUGGCCUAUCCCACAGCCUUUCCCGAAUUCCAAUCUCUUCUCCACCUCCACUUCUACCGAAGCAUGGCGUGCACGCUCCUCUGAAGGAAGCCAUCCCAUUCGACUUGCUUGACUGCUUUGUCUCGCGUCGUCAGCAAGGAGAUACUGGUACAGGUAGUUUCUCUACUCAUUGCGUAAUUCGUAAAUGGAGCGGAUUUACAGAAUUCACGGGAGUUGUGACUGGUUUUUAACAAUUGUGUACACGAGGUUCUUAUGUACUAGUAUUCUAGAAUCAAAGAGGGAUAUUCAUCUGGCUGGUAGCAAGAAUAUUGUCUCUCUAUGCCUUCGAAGCUUUCGUGGUUCUCUCUUCUUCUCCGCCUCUCUUGAACCGGUCUUUCUCCCGAAGAAUAGAAACGUGCAAUUCAUGAACAUCUCUAAGGUUUUUUCCUGAAAGAAUGCUGUUUCGUAAACUCUCGAAUCCUUUAGGGGCAGAGGAUGGAUGUGCGAGAUCUUCUUUAGUGGUUUUUUUAAAACCAAAAAUAAUUGUUGUGGAGCGUAAAGGCCGACGUUUGAGCCGCAGUGUUGGAAGGAGUGGAAAGAGGGUGAGAAGUAUGGGGAGGAAUCGAGGAGCGCACAUUGGGCAAGCAUUGCGAGCACUGCACACUCGCAAGGGCACCAUAAAAUGCGAGGACAGGGUCCAAUCCCUCUCUCAUUUUGCGCAACGAGUUGUAACUCUUGCAGCUGGACUCUCCGAAGGUGGGGGUCUUCAGCCCGGAGAUCGCGUCGCGAUAGCUUCCCUCAACAGUGAAUGGUAUUUGGAGUGGUUCUUUGCGGUGACUUGCGCUGGUGGAAUUGUUGCCCCGCUUAACUACAGAUGGAGUGUCGAAGAGGCUAGUGAAGCAGUUAAGCAAAUUGGGGCCACAAUGUUGGUGCUUGAUCAGACCUGUUUACAGCAGUGGCCUGAUCUUCACACCAGGUGCCGGUUGCUUCGCUUGCAGAUUCUUCUUGGUCCAGGAUUGAACUGUUCUUCCUCUCUGGUUAAUCCAGAUGAGGUGCUGACAUGGGCUGGUUCAAAGCAAGAACUUGACCUGAAAUGGGCGCCAGAUUCCAUCGCCCUUAUUUGUUUCACAUCAGGAACCACAGGAAGUCCGAAAGGAGUUGCGAUUAGUCAUAAUGCACUGGUGGUGCAGUCUCUAGCGAAAAUAGCAGUGAUUGGCUACAAUUCUUCUGAUGUUUAUCUGCACAUUUCACCACUAUGCCAUAUUGGUGGGAUUUCAUCAGCCUUGGCUAAUGUAAUGGUAGGAGCCUCUCAUGUCAUAUUGCCCAAGUUCCAUGCAGCAGCUGUAUUUGAUGCCAUCCGAAAUCAUGAUGUCACCUCCAUGAUAAUUGUCCCAGCUAUGCUUGCAGACUUGGUAGCAACUUCUGCAUCUUCAAUAGGAGCAUUCAGCAGUCGGCAUUCAUUUACAAGCAUACGGACAUUGUUAAACGGAGCUGGUGGAAUACCUGCACUGCUCUUGGAUUCAACCCGAUUACUCUUUCCGAACGCUGAAUUGUUUUCAGCAUACGGUAUGACUGAAGCUUGUUCAAGUAUGUCCUUCAUACCAGUAGAUGAGCAAGAUUCAACUGGGCAACUUGGUGGUGUCUGUGUUGGAAAGGCAGCUCCCCACGUCGAAUUGAGGAUUGGUCAGCCGGUCACGGAACAAAAGUCAAUUGAUUCACAUGAAAACAGUAGUCCAGAAAGUGUACUGUUUAGAGAAGGGCAGGUUUUCACUCGAGGGCCUCAUGUCAUGGAGUACUAUUGGGGACUUCCAUCAGAGACCGCAAAUGUGUUAAGUGCAGAUGGGUGGUUGGCCACUGGCGAUGUUGGAUGGAUGGACGAAGCUGGAAGGCUUUGGCUCCUUGGCCGUUCCAAAGAUGUCAUCAAAAGCGGUGGUGAAAAUGUUUAUGCUUCUGAGGUAGAGAAUGUCUUGAUGAAGCAUCCAGGAAUGUUGUCUGUGGCAGUUGUGGGUAUUCCUGACGAGAGAUUAACAGAGAUGGUAGUUGCUUUUGUGCGCCUUCGAGACAAAUGGAUUUGGGAAGACAAAUAUCAAGGGAAACUAAGUGUUACAGGAGCUUCGAAUCAAAUUCAGCUGGAAGACUACCGAGGCAACCGAGUCGUAUCUCAGAUUGAGCUUCGCAUCCACUGUCAACAACUUGGCCUUUCAAGAUAUAAGGUUCCAAGACUCAUUCUUGUGAACAAAGAACCAUUCCCAACAACUUCCACUGGCAAGAUUAAAAAGAAUUUGGUUCGUCGCAUGGCCCUAGAACGACUAGCUAAAAACCGAUCACGUAUGGAAGCUGGCGAUAUUAAAUCGUGGACAGGAGCUGAACCUUUAGAACAAAGUCCCUCAACUCGGAGCCGGUUGUGAAUGUUUAUUGAGCUCGACUUCACCUACUUUACUUUGUUCUGCUAACAUUUUCAACUAUCAUUGGGUAGGCGUAGGUUUGCUUUAAAAGGUUUGAAUAGUAUUGUACUCUUGUUUCAUUGUCGUCACUCUACAGUGAUGAUUGCUCAAAAACAUUUGCGAGCACCUUGAGUACCAGCAACGUAGAGGUCAGAAAAUUUUGUAUUAAAUUCAAUUUUGAGAGUCACCACUUGCAUCUUGCUCUGAUGUAGAAUUUUUCUACAACGUGAUAACAUCUUCAACUGAAAUUGAAACAGGCAUUAAGUAGGGAGUUUUGAAAAUGUAUGGUGACCUUAAAUGUUAAACAGGUCCUGCUUCGAACUGAGCGGAUCAGUGUAAGGAGACCGAAUUGUUCAUCCUCCGGUCAUUUGGCGCAGGAAUGCUUGGAAUUCAUGGUAGAGGAAUCUCAUAGCUUGGCCAUACCGGGUUGCCCCGCCACUAACCCCAUUAUCGUGAAGAAAAAUCUGGUUCAUGCAUUCUCACUCUUGAUGGAUUCAGGUGGUUGUAGUUCUUCAAUGGUUAUAUGACGUCCCAAUCGGACAGCUGGUUCAUCCUUCUGGAUCCUCAUCCUCUGUAUCUCGAUCCAUUUCUCGACAUGGUACCGGCACUUCAAAUCACAACUUAUGUCCAGAAGGGAACAGUGCCGUGUGGAGUCCUCGCUGAAACAAAUUACUCCAUCUUGCACGCUUUGUUCUGCCACAAUCGACUUUUGCAUCGCAACCUGAGAACCCGGAGGACUCAUCGGCCGUGUCCGGAUGUAUGCUAUCAUACCUCGUGAGCUUCAAAUGGUGUUCGCUAUUGGAAUAAUCUUCCAUGGCUAUUAUGGCACACUACUAAUUGAGACUUUCUAGAGCACUCAACUUCAA